AUGGAGCCACUACUUAAUGGCACUGAAGCCAUUUUGCCUGAAAGCUGGCCACACGGGGUCAGCCAGCAAUUGAUUGCAAGCAAGCCCAAGCAUCCAUUUGUGAUCAAGCUCGCGCUCAGUAUUUAUGAUAUCCAUGGGCACAGGCCAUUCAUGUCCAGAUCCGUGACGGCCUUUUUCAAUACGGGUUCCGUUCUCGAUAGCCGUGUCCUUGCAAAUUGGCUUCGCUUCACAAAGGAGGGCCUGGAUAUUACAAUUUUGCCAUCCGAGUUGUAUCUUGGGAUUCAAAGCUCCAUCUUCAAGAUCUAUGAACCUCAGAUACCGUUUGGUGACGAGUUUUAUAUCUCACGAUUUGUGUUUGAGAACCCCUUCGGGUGGCUUGGAGCAGCAAUAUCGCUCUCUGUGAUGGCUACCACCACUUUUGGUAUCCGUAUGAGUCCCAGGAGGCUCCGUGAUCCAACGUCUACAAAUUGCAUCGUUUAG